CGCGUGGUUCAAGCGACUCGCAAUUGGCCAGUUACUCCGCGCUUGCCGGAAGGCCCGACCGCGGUGGUACCUAAACCCUGAGCUAAAUCCUUUCAACUCGGGUUCAAACCAGUAAGGCGUUCCUCCGAGUACGCAGCUUCGCCGGCGCACGAGUUAGUCUAGUGUUCGUGACCGCUUAAGUACUCUCUCGUUGAUCAAUGCCCGCGACGCGACGCGCCCGCGCGGCGGCCGCCGAACGCGAAGCAAAACGCCGCGCCGCCCAUGAGAUUUCCGUGGAGCGCACGCGCCUUGUCGGCAAGCUCGACGUCGGCGUCCUCUCGGUGAUCGCGGGCUUUGGCGGCAAGCGCGAGCUCUGGGGCGUGGCGCUCGCCUUCAAGGAGCACGGCGUCGAGAUCCUGGCCUCGGAGCCGACGCUCGACGCGAUCCUGCUCGCGAGCCGCGGUGACACGGUCCUCCGCAAGACGUUCCGCCCGAAGCCGGGCGCGCAGCGGCAGCGGCGCUUUGGCGGCUCGAUGUUCGACCGCCUCCGGGUCGACAGCGUCGAUCGCUUCGACGCGAACCUCGCCGCGCUCAACGCGUGGAAGGACGCCAUGGACGAGGAGGCCAAGCCGAAGGCGGCGCUCGUCGCGCGCCUCGUCGACGGCGUCGUCCACCACGGCGCCUGCGACGUGACGAACACGGACUGGACGCCGGACGCCAUCGAGAACCUUCACCUCGUGUCGCUGCGCGGCGCCCAGGCGCGCGUCCCGUUCCUCGUGUUCGUCGGGAGCAAGAACGUCUGCGACCCCGGUUGCUGGUGCGCGGGCAUGCAGCACACGAGCGUCUUCGUCAAGGCCGGCGCCGCAUGCGAGCGCCUGGUGACGUGGUGCGAGCCCCAAGGGGAAAACGACGCGUCCUGCCGCUACUACUCGGCCUCGCGGGAGACGAGCGCCGGCGUCGCGGCGGCCCUGGGUAUCGCGCCGGACGAGGUCGGCUUCGCGCUCCGGACCGCGCUCCUGGCGGCGAACGUCCACAAGAAGGGCAAGGACCAGUGGAUGGCCAUCGAGCGCCUCGCCAAGAACGGGAGCAACGCCUACUUCUGCGAUUCCUAUGGCGACGAGUCGUGGGAGUCACUGGAGGAGUUCGAAGAGACCCAGGCCCUCGGCGGCGCGGCGUGCUCGUCGUUCCCGUUCUCGUUCACGAUCGGCCGCCUGGAGUUCGCUGACGAUCAAGGAUUCGGCGAUUCGCCGCGCAAACUCCUGCCAGACGCCUGCGCCCUUCUCGAGGCGCGCCUCCAGGACCCGACGGCCUCCGUCGCCGGCACGAUGAAGAAGCUCCAGAGCUGGCAGGCGUCCCUGAACGCGACGCGCUGGGCGCGCGCGAAGGCCGCGGCGCGCGCCGCGGCGCCAAACUGCCCCGAAGAAGACCUCUGGGCGCACGAGAGCGACUGCAUGCCCUUCGAGUACGACGGGCCCGCGACGGCGAGCAACUCUGGCAUGGGCGGGUGUGCCAUCGCCUAG